AUGGUACGCCGCCCAGGUGGGUUGGUCGUGCUCUCCGCCCUGGUCGCCACCGUGGCAUCCACGCCCGCGGGCAAGCCGCUGACUCCGGCGCCUGCCCCGACGGCCAGUCCGAUCCGCAGCCCGAUGCCCAGCCAGAUGCCCAGCCUGAGGACAGGCCCGGCGCCCACGUUCCAGACGCCUGCUUCCGAUGCGGCCUGCAUGUGGGCGAGUAUCAUCGGCGAGUGUUCGCUUCACGGCGUCUGCGUGCAGAGCCCAAACUACCCACAGAGUUACGGCGUGGAUCAGACGUGCACCUUGGAGAUCAGUGCGGCUUUCUCGGCGCCCCUCGCGGUGGAUUUUUUCGGCACCGAGGCGUACUUCGAUACGCUCACUGUCAACGGAGUGCAGCACUCUGGAGCUAGGGGUCCCAGUGGAAUGAUUCCGACAACGAGUAUCUCGUGGGUGUCAGACCACAGUGUGCCUGGCAGUGGUUGGAGGUUGUGCCAGGCUUCGAGUCAGGUUCAACCACGGACCUCGGCUUUCACGACGAGCGAUGGCCAGUUCCAGCUAGUCUUGGCCACUGAGCAGGUCUCGUGCUGCCAGAAUUCUCCAACCAGCAGUGUAUCGUCGACCCAAUCGGGCGCGGUCCUGUUGUGGCCAUGUGUUUACUCUGCAGGUAGUUGGGCUGAUGAUUGCGGCGGGGGAUACACUGCAACAUUUCAGGAAUGGAUUGAUGACUGCUUGAGCGGAAUGACUGAUAGGAUUUGCAUCGAUUCGCAGACUUACGUGUAUGUUCAAGUCGCGCCAACCCCGUCCCCUGUGGCCCAGGAGUACAGUAUGUGGGCAGCUGUCACCGGCUAUUGCACGUUGGAUGGUUCUUGCGUGGAGAGCCAUAAUUUCCCGCAGAAUUAUAACAGUAAUCAGGGGUGCAUUUUGGAGAUCAGUGCGGAGUUUUCAGCGCCUAUCAUAGUCGAGAGCUUCAACACGGAGGCGUCUUUCGAUUAUCUCACUGUCAAUGGACAGUUUUACUCUGGAAGUGCUGGGCCCAGCGGUAUCACGCCGACAUCCAGCAUCAGCUGGACUUCUGAUCACACCAUAACCCAGAGCGGCUGGAGACUGUGCGCCGCCCCACCGACGCCUGCUCCACCGACGCCAGCUCCAACACCUUUUCCGUGGUCUUGCACUUCGAUUCGUGCAAGCACUUUCGUUUACGAGUACCAGUCGUAUCAUAGUAUAGAUGAUGAUUCCAUAGUGUUGACAACCGAUCAACAAUCAUCCCUUGGGCGGGUCUCUUCGACUCUCGCACUGUCGGGUGCUUUUUUGAUUCAGUUCGAUAUGUACCAGGGUGGUGGAACAGGUGCUGACGGGUGCUGUGUGAAGUACGGUGGUUAUGACGAUGAGAGGUGGGAGGAUAGGUCUGAGGAUGGCCUGUCUGUUUGUUUUGAUUCCUUCGGGCCGGAUCGUGGCGUGGACAUUUCGUGGAAUGGAGAUAUUGUGUUUUCAGAGCUGGGCGAACAAUAUUGGGAUGAGCAGGUUCCCCUCUUCGAGGAUUCCGCUUGGCACAGCGUCAUUGUAAAAGUCACGCCGAGGGGAGGUGGUGCGGUGGUCGCGCUGAACUUAGAUGAGAGUUACUACUACAAGACCGCCUGGAUUAGUAACUAUUCGAUUCCCAUUGGUAGUGGCCAGUUGAGCUUCACUGCAAGAACAGGUAGUCUUACGAAUUACCACAUAGUCAAAGAUGUCCAGGCGUGCGUUUCUUCAACAACGACCUCGACUUCUGCGACGACUGGGACCAGGACUACCGAGAGCGAAAUUCCUACCACGACUGGGACUGCAACCGCUGAGCCCCCUACCAUGACUGCCAGUGCGAUUGCAGAUACCGCCACCACGACUGGGACUGCAACCGCUGAGCCCCCUACCAUGACUGCCAGUGCGAUUGCAGAUACCGCCACCACGACUGCGGCACUGGCAUCGACUUCGCUGACGUCUUCGGUGGCAGCAGGCGACACCGAGCUGCCUGUGGAGUCCACGGUGGGGUUCGACGUCGGCGGCUCCAUCGAAAUCGAGGGCGGCGGCAACCGCGAGUCGGGGCUCAUUGUGAGCAUCGGGUCGAUCACGCUGGCCAGCGGGUUGGCGAACGGCUACCCCCUCGGCUCUACCGUCACCUACGUCAUCCCACCUAAGAGCAUGGAUUUUUGGUUCAUCCCCGUGAGCGAGAUCAUGCUCAUGCCGGUCGACGCUCCAAUCCCACGCCAUCAGACGUGCCGUGACAUGGGAUUGUUGGUCAAGCGGAGGAUCGACAUCGACGACGUCUUGUCUGGAAACCUUUGCGUUGACACAGCGGCCGUGUCACAUCGUUGGCCAGUGGCAGAGCAUUUCGAUCCGCAGUGCACCAAGUUGAGUAAAUUGCAAGAGGUCUUGCCACGUACACCUUCCAUUAAGUGGCUGUGGAUUGACUGGAUCUGUGCUCCUCAAUGGCACGACGGUGGGCGCACCGAUGAGGAGGAGGUUGAAUUCAAGAUGAUUUUAAAACACAUUCUUCCAUUCAUCUUCCUCGGGUGCAAAGUGAUCGUCCUGUACGAGCGGAUCUACAACCAGCGGUUCUGGCCAAAUGUGGAGUGUUGGAUUGCCACCAAAAUGGCGACACCUCACGGGCUCGUUCCUGCUAGCGACGAUCGUCUCCGAGUGCAAGUCCACGGCAUACAUUCGGCUGGCGGGCACGAUAAAGCCAACCUUGCACAGGUACUAGAGUAUUGGCACAGGGCCACUGCGCAAGAAGCAAUCACGAUUCUCUCGCACGACGAUAUCCUUGUCACCAACGCGAAAGACAAGGAAGUCAAUCUCAAGGUGGUUGCGUCUUUGGACGAGCAGAUCCGGUGCCAUCACAGCUCGUUACACGUCGUUCAGUCCAUACGGCAGUUUGUCCCUCUCUGA